UUCUUCUUCUUCUUCUUCUUCUUCUUCUUCUUCUUUCUUUCUUUUUUUUAUUCCCUGGUGUAUCCCUGUCGUGUAUAUUACUCCACUUGUCUUUUCCUAUACGCGUAACUAAAAGCUAUAUCUCUGACGUCCUAUCAUAAAACGUGACCAAGUGUCCUAGUGUCUUACAUGUCAGGAAUAACUUGAAAACAAAACAAACAAGGGAAUAACAAAUAAACGAACGAACGAACAAACAAAUAAACAAAUAAACAAACAAAUGAACACGGGACAAACAAGAAAAGCAAGAUUUAAUUCUAAUUAACGACCUAUGAUAUAUAUAGGUCUCUCUCUCUCUCUCUCUCUCUCUUUCUAUAUAUACAUUUAUACAGUUUCAUGUGCUUAUUACUCACAAUAAACCUUGCCUUACGCCAUUUUUAAAAUUUUUUGUCGUCAAUCCUCAACCUUUGCCAAAACACUUUUCGCACAACCCAAAAGAGGGAUAGAGAAAGAGAGAGAGAGAGGGGGGGGGAGAGAAGGGGAAGAGAGGGAUAGAGAGACAAAUAGACAGACAGACAGAAAGAAAGAGAAAGAAAGAGAGAGCAAGGAGAGUGAAGAAGUUGAACAAUGUAUGGCAACGAUAGGAAUACCUUUAGCUCUCCACCUUAUCAAUUGUCAGAGUUCCUCGUUGAUUAAUUCAAAAGUUAGAGGAAAACUAUUCGGAGGUCUGACGUAUACUAGCAAUAGUAAUAGUAAUAGUAGUGGUAGUAGUAGUGAUAGUAGUAGUAGUAGUAGUAGCAGUAGUAGUAGUAGUAAUAGUGAUGGUGGUGAUGGUGAUGGUAGUAGUUUCCUGGACGUUCGAUUUAUAAUCCAGAAUGAGAUUCAACGAGUGUACGUGACACCUUCGUUCGAAGAAAAACAGAACUUCGGCGUGGAGAGGGGUGCCGGUGGUGGUUUAACGGGAACCGGAGGUGGCGUGGGAGGAGGAUUGGGAGAGAGCAAGCUCGGUGGGACGUACGGAGGAAGUGGUAGAGGAGGAGGAGGAGGAGGUGGAGGAGUUUAUGGUGGUGGAACGUGCUUGGGUCUUGGAAACCGUUACGGUAUAACAAGAGUUCCUGGCCAAUCAGUAAUACCAGGACGUGGACCGAUAAGACGUAGCAGGGAAUUUGGCUACUUUCCGUCGAUGGGCGAUCACGAGCAUCAGAGUUUCGGAUAUCGAACUCAUCUCUUCCUAUCGCCGCCCACAGGUGGACCGCUCGGUGCACCACUCGAUCCCGAUGCCGGCGAACGACUGGGGCCGUCGCCCCGCCGUAACUCUGGGCCGCAUGUUAUCAAGUGGGGAGGUGGUGGGGCUAACUCCGGUACAGCGCAAGGCCCAGCCUCGACCAAUCAGAUCAAAAGGAAGCAGAAUCAGCAAUCGAAGGAGCCGUCCGAGCCGCCAACGCCAACUGCCUCUAGACAGAGCGCACCAAUAGCGGACAAGAAAAGAUCGGGCAGCCCGCUGUCGAUUCUCGAGGUCGAGGAUCCAAAGCAAUGUGUUCUUGUCCAUUUCAUGACACCGUUGGAACCCUUGGAUCCAUUGGUAGAGUCUCCUGUUUCACGGCCUCUCGUAUUGCAACGCGAUACCGCCGCGGAACUCGUCGCUGAAAUAGCACCUUCCGCCUCCCAAAGUAUUUUACUCACAAACAUGGAAAAGAAUGCGGAUUUCCCGUUCAUAACGUACUAUCUAAUAAAUAAGCAGAACACGGAUCCCCUCGAUUUUUACAACGAAGUUCAAUGUGCGGCCUUGAGGAAGUUCGAUCCGCGUGACCUCAGAUACGCGGCCAGCCAUACUUUGGAUCUGUUCAACGAAGUAGCGACGAUAGCAAGACCACCGUUGGAACCACCCGGUGGGAGACCACCUAUUCCGUCCACCGGCUACAUAGUCUCGAUCUUCAAAGUGUUCGAGGGUGACGACGGUCUCAAGUUUGAGCAAAAUUGGCUUUAUUGGAGUGGUGCCCGAAUGAUGUACCGAUAUCUACCAAAAUCGGUCGGCCUAAGGCGUAUAACCCUUCACAAGUCGAUGUCGCAGGGUGACAAGAUGUAUCUACUAAUCUGCGAAUGUUCGCAACUGCAAGACAAUCUAUCCGCAGCGGCGAUAUUGCUGCCGGCAUUGCGCGCCCGAUUAUGCGGAUACAUCGGCCUUUACAGGCCCUCCGUAUGCUUCUGAUUUCCUCAGAAAUGCUCGACGUUGUAUAUCGUACGCAGGGACGUAACUAGGUGAGAUAAAAAAAAAAAAAAAAACAAAAGAAAGAAAAAAAAAAAAAAGAAGAACAUAAAAAAAACCCCACAAAAAUCAAAAAUAAGGAAGGAAGAAAAAAAGAAAAUUAUCGAUGGAUUAUCGGGUUAUAGGCUCUGCGUAUAAAAUAAGAACGAUCGAAUAUUUCGAUAAACUUGAAUCUCUCUCUCUCUCUCUCUCUCUCUCUCUCUCUCUCUCUUUAUUUCUCUCUAUUUCUAUCUCUAUUUUUCUAUUUGUCUAUCUCUUUUUCUCUGAUAGAUCUUUAUCAAUUUUGUCUAAAAUAUUGCUAUGAUGUUAUCGAAGGUAUACGAAGCUAUCUCUCGGUAGUAUCUUUAUAUGCUAAAUAAAAACAUAUACAAGCGUUCAUCGUCGGUAUAUUUCACAAUUUUUCUAGGAUACUAAAAAUUCUUUUUUUUUUUGCUAGAAACUUAUCCGAUUUUUCUAGGAUUGUUCGAGAGAAUGUAGAGAUGAGGUCCAUGGUUGAAGAUAUUUCUUAUAAAAAAAAUCGUCUUUGUCGCACCGUCGGGUAAAUCGAAUGAAAAAGUAAGAGAGAGAGAAAGAGAGAGAGAGAGAGAGAGAGAGAGAGAGAGAGAGAGAGAGAGAGAAAAGAAUGUAACAUCGAAAAAGAUCUUUCGAUGCGCUAAAAAAAGAAAAAAAAGGAGGAAGGAAAAAAAAAAGAAAAGGAAGAAAAAAGGCGUAGAAAAUCAAUACUUCGCACGUAUUCGCUUCGGACGAAAUUUGAGGUAAAAAAAAAAAAAAAAAAAAAAAAAAAAAGAAAGAAAAAAAAAUCUCAAUCUCUAUCGUCUGCGCUCGCCUAGUUUUACGCCAACUGGCCAUUUGUAUUUUUCGAUUUUAUAACAUGAUCAUAGAGAGUAAUAUCAUUAAUCGGCUGAUACGCAUUCGUCUCGUCGAACUAUAAGCUGAUUAUCUUGAACGCAUAUACGUAUAUAUAUAUAUAUAUAUAAUUGACAAUUAUACGGGGGAAAUAAAAAAAAAAAAAAAGGAAGGAAGGAAGGAAGGAAGGAAAGGAAGAUGGAGAAAAAUGAAAAAAAAAAAAAAAAACAGAAAGAAACACUUUUAUUACUACCGAUUUAACACGCUAAUAUUAACAUAUCAUACUCGAUAAACUGUGAUACUCGAACGGGCAACGGGAUAUAUCACAAUAAACGAUAGGCGUAGAGAAUCUCUUCUUUUCGAAUUUAUCUUCGGAAAAAAAAAGAAAGAAAGAAAGAAAGAAAGAAGGAAGAAAAAGAAAAAAGAAAUCGCGCUAAUAAAACAUGACACUAAUAGACGUGCGCAUUAGACAUCACGUAGGAUAGCUCGAACGAAAAUUUAGAUAUAAAUCGUGAGCAUUUUUAGAAGAACACCGAUAUUUAAUUAAUUAACAUUAAAUAUUCGGCUUUAUAUACAUUAUUAUCAUUAUGAUCGAGAUAAUAAAGUAUAGUCGAGGAUCGCGGAGGAUUAUGAUCGACAAUAUGGCGCGCAAUAACGCCAUUACACUAUUGACGGUCAUACAUCCAAGCGAAAUUUAAAUAAUUCCUUCCUCGUACUUCGAAUCAUAACACGCCUGUCUCUUAUCGCUCAACAAAAAUGAAAAUCAAUAAAUAUAUAAAUAAAUAAAUAAAUAAAUAAACGAGGUGGGAAGCUUUUAAAGAGAACAUUUUUUUAGGGGCGUACCUACUUAUGUAGUCUUUUUAGACGAAAUAAAAGUAGUCGUAAGUCGGCAUUGUAGUACAAAAGAUUUUAAAAGAAAAGAAAAAAAAAAAAAAAAGAAAAAAAAAAUAACGUAUAGUCAAUAUACGCUUGUUGCAUACUGACAAUAGCUAGGACGAGUUGCGCAGGCGCGGUUCGUCAAACAUUAUCUUAGAUUUUUAUUAAGGCUCCGAUUUAAGGAUAGAGUGGGGGAGGGGGAUGAUGAUGAUGAUGACGAUGAUGAUGACGAUGAUGAUGACGAUGAUGAUGAUGGGGUGGGGAGGGGGGAAGAAAGAAAAAAAACAACCGCGGAGAAAUAAAAGAAAAAAAAAAAAAAAAAAAAAAAAGAAAGAAAAGAGUGCGGAGAAAAUAUGCGGAACAAGAACAAGCCCCUUAACUUUUAAGGUUAAAAUUUGACUUUACUGUGAUCAUAUGCGUCGUUUAGUCGUUCAUCGGCACGAUUAACGCACUUCGAGAUCAAGAUAAUUCUCAUACUCGAUCCAUUCGUGUCGAUGAAAUAUCGACAGUAAGAGAAGAAAUUGGAGAAAUAA